UUUUUUUUCUUCUUCACUUUUCCAUCCUGUGAGGUUGGGUAGGUAAGUGGGCUGGGAAGAGAACUAUUGCAAAGAGAAGGAAAAUGCACACAAAAUAAUGUCCCAGUGAAUAUGUGUGGGGAUGCAAGAGGACUUGACACACCCUUCUGAUUUGAUGAUGAUUUUCACCACAGGACGUCGCAGCUCCUGCUCAGCUAGGAUGGUGUGUCUGCAACUUCACCUACCCCGCGGGCAGUGGCAGCUGCAGUGACGAGCGUGGAACCUGUCUUCAGACAUCUACUGGCUCCAGGGCUGAUGGCCGGCAUGUCGCAGAGACCUCCCAGCAUGUACUGGUGUGUGGGGCCGGAGGGGUCAGCUGUGUGUCCCGAGAGCGCCAUGGAGACCCACACUGGUGCCAGAGUCAUGGGCAGCAAGCCGUCCACCCCGGGCAGUGACUGCACAGCGCAGGCCCUCAGGACAGAGGACAUCCAUGCUGCCUACAGACGAGGAGACUCUGGCAGGGCCCGGGACCUGCUCCGAGAAGCUUGUGAGGAAAGCACAUCCCAGUUGGACAAGAGCCAGCUUCUGAGCAUCGCUGCGGCUCACGGGGACCUGGAGACAGUCCGUUAUCUCCUCACCGAGAAACAGGUGCAGCUGCCGACCGAGCCCACAGACGACAACCCAGCUGUGGUGGCGGCACACUUUGGGCACACGGCAGUUGUGCAGGAACUGCUGGAGUCCUUACCAGCCCCCUGCAGCCCCCAGCGCCUGCUGAACUGGAUGCUAGCCUUGGCAUGUCAGCGGGGGCACCUGGGCAUCGUAAAGCUCCUGGUGCUGACACAUGGGGCCGACCCGGAAAGCUACGCGGUCAGGAAGAAUGAGUUUCCCGUCAUCGUGCGCCUGCCCCUUUACGCAGCCAUCAAGUCAGGAAAUGAAGACAUUGCCAUAUUCCUGCUUCGCCACGGGGCCCAUUUCUGUUCCUACAUCCUACUGGACAGUCCUGACCCCAGCAAACAUCUGCUCAGAAAGUACUUCAUUGAAACCAGCACCUCCAGCAUCCAUGCGGGGAAAAUGCAGGCGCUUCGUGUGAAGUGGUCCCGUCUCAAGCUGCCCUGGGUGGAUCUGGACUGGCUCAUCGACAUCUCCUGCCAGAUCACCGAGCUCGACUUGUCUGCCAACUGCCUGGCUUCGCUGCCCUCCGUCAUCCCCUGGGGACUCAUCCACCUCCAAAAGCUGAACCUCUCUGCCAACCACCUGGGCGAGCUGCCCAGCGUGCAGUCCUCGGACGAGAUCAUCUGCUCCAGGCUGCUGGAUAUUGACAUCUCCUGCAACAAGCUGUGCCACCUGCCGCCGGGCUUCCUGCACCUCUCCAAACUGCAGAGGCUCACGGCUUCCAAGAACUACCUGGAGAAAAUGUUUGAAGAAGAAAAUGCCACCAAUUGGAUCGGUCUGCGGAAGCUGCAGGAACUCGAUCUGUCGGACAACAAGCUGACGGAGCUCCCGGCCCUGUUCAUGCAUUCCUUCAAAUCCCUCAGCUCCCUCAAUGUCUCCAGAAACAACCUGAAGGUGUUCCCAGACCCCUGGGCCUGCCCCCUGAAGUGCUGCAAAGCAUCCAGAAACGCCCUGGAGGCGCUGCCCGACAAGGUGACUGUGUUCUGGAAGAACCACCUCAGAGACGUGGACUUCUCCGAGAAUGCACUCAAGGCCGUGCCCCUGGGCCUCUUCCAGCUGGACGCCCUCAUGUUCCUGCGGCUGCAAGGAAACCAGCUCGUGGCCCUCCCACCCCAAGACAAGUGGACCUGCCGACAACUCAAAACCCUGGAUCUCUCUAGAAACCAGCUUGGCAAAAACGAAGAUGGACUCAAAACGAAGCGCAUUUCCUUCUUCACCACCAGAGGGCGCCAGCGCUCAGGGCCCGAGGCAGCUUGCGUACCGGAGUUCCCAGCCUUCCUGAGCGAGUCGCUGGAAGUGCUUUGCCUGAACGACAACCAGCUAGACGCUGUGCCCCCAUCUGUCUGCCUGCUAAAGAGCUUAUCCGAGCUCUACUUGGGCAACAACCCUGGCCUCCGGGAGCUCCCCGCGGAGCUGGGGCAGCUGAGCAACCUCUGGCAACUGGACAUUGAGGACCUGCACAUCAGCAAUGUGCCUGCGGACAUCAGGAAGGAAGGCCCCAAGGCCGUGCUGUCCUACCUGCGUGCCCAGCUGCGGAAGGCGGAGAGGUGCAAGCUAAUGAAGAUGAUCAUCGUGGGUCCCCCACGCCAGGGCAAGUCCACCCUCCUGGAGAUCUUGCAGACGGGAAGGGCCCCCCAGGUGGUGCCCAGCGAGGCCACCAUCAGGACCACCAAAUGGGAGCUCCAGAGGCCAGCGGGCUGCAGAGCCAAGGUGGAGUCCAUAGAGUUCAAUGUCUGGGACAUUGGGGGCCCAGCCAGCAUGGCCACCGUCAACCAGUGUUUCUUCACGGACAAGGCCCUGUACGUGGUUGUCUGGAACCUGGCGCUGGGGGAGGAAGCCGUGGCCAACCUCCAGUUCUGGCUGCUCAACAUCGAGGCCAAGGCCCCCAACGCAGUGGUGCUGGUGGUGGGCACGCACCUGGACCUGAUCGAAGCCAAGUUCCGUGUGGAGAGGAUCGCGACGCUGCGUGCCUACGUGCUGGCACUCUGCCGCUCCCCUGCCGGCUCCAGGGCCACCGGCUUCCCGGACAUCACCUUUAAGCACUUGCAUGAGAUCUCCUGUAAGAGCCUGGAAGGCCACGAAGGGCUGCGGCAGCUCAUCUUCCACGUCACGUGUAACAUGAAGGACGUAGGCAGCACCAUCGGCUGCCAGCGGCUGGCAGGGAGGCUGAUCCCCAGGAGUUACCUGAGCCUACAGGAGGCUGUGCUGGCGGAGCAGCAGCGGCGCAGCCAGGCCGAUGAUGUGCAGUACCUGACGGACAGGCAGCUGGAGCAGCUGGUGGAACAGACACCCGACAAUGACAUCAAGGAUUAUGAGGACCUUCAGUCCGCCAUCAGCUUCCUCAUCGAAACCGGCACGCUGCUGCACUUUCCCGACACCAGCCACGGCCUGCGCAACCUCUACUUCCUCGACCCCAUCUGGCUGUCCGAGUGUCUGCAGCGGAUCUUCAACAUCAAGGGCUCCCGCUCAGUGGCCAAGAAUGGGGUGAUCCGUGCCGAGGACCUGCGGAUGCUCCUGGUGGGGACGGGCUUCACCCAGCACACUGAGGAGCAGUACUUCCAGUUCCUGGCCAAGUUCGAGAUUGCCCUGCCCGUCGCCAACGACAGCUACCUCCUCCCGCACCUGCUUCCGUCCAAGCCAGGCCUGGACACCCAUGGCCUGCGGCACCCCGCGGCCAACACCAUCCAGAGGGUGUUCAAGAUGAGCUUCGUCCCCGUCGGCUUCUGGCAGAGAUUCAUCGCACGGAUGCUGAUCAGCUUGGCUGAGAUGGACCUGCAGCUCUUUGAGAACAAGAAGAACAACACGAAGAGCAGGAACCGGAAAGUGGCCGUCUACAGCUUCACGGGGAACCAGAGGAACCGCGGCAGCACAUUCCGCGUGAAGCGUAACCAGACCAUCUACUGGCAGGAGGGGCUCCUGGUCACCUUCGACGGAGGCUACCUCAGUGUGGAAUCCUCCGAUGUGAACUGGAAGAAGAAGAAAAGCGGAGGCAUCAAGAUCAUCUGUCAGUCAGAGAUGCGCGACUUCUCGGCCAUGGCUUUUAUCACAGACCACGUCAAUUCCCUCAUCGACCAGUGGUUUCCCGCCCUGACGGCCACCGAAAGCGAUGGGACCCCUCUCAUGGAGCAAUAUGUGCCCUGCCCUGUGUGCGAGUUGUCCUGGGGCCAGCACCCAGACCCAAGCGAGAGGUUGGACAGCGUGCAGUACUUUGACAUAGAAGACUGUGUGCUGGCGGCCAUCGAGCGAGACUUCAUCACCUGCCCCAGACACCCGGAUGUCCCCGUGCCACUCCAGGAGCUGGUACCUGAGCUCUUCAUGACCGACUUCCCAGCCAGACUCUUCCUGGAGAACAGCGAGCUGGUGCACAGUGAGGACCAAGGCAGCACCUUGGGCCAAGGUGGCAGCGGCACUGUCAUCUACCGGGCCCAGUACCAGGGCCAGCCCGUGGCUGUCAAGAGAUUCCAGAUCAAGAAGUUCAAGAACUUCGCCAGCGCCCCCGCAGACACCAUGCUGAGGCACCUGCGUGCCAUGGACGCCAUGAGGAACUUCUCAGAGUUCCGGCAGGAGGCCAGCAUGCUGCACGCCCUGCAGCACCCCUGCAUCGUGUCGCUCAUCGGCAUCAGCAUCCACCCACUCUGCUUUGCCCUGGAGCUCGCCCCGCUGAGCAGCCUCAACACGCUGCUGUCCGAGAACACCAGAGACUCUUCCUUUAUGCCCCUGGGUCACAUGCUCACCCAGAAAAUAGCCUACCAGAUCGCCUCAGGCCUGGCCUACCUGCACAAGAAAAACAUCAUCUUCUGUGAUCUCAAGUCCGACAACAUCCUGGUGUGGUCCCUGGACGUCAAGGACCCCGUCAACGUCAAGCUGUCGGACUACGGCAUCUCGCGCCAGUCCUUCCACGAGGGCGCCCUGGGCGUGGAGGGCACUCCUGGCUACCAGGCCCCAGAGAUCAGGCCGCGCAUUGUGUACGAUGAGAAGGUAGACAUGUUCUCCUAUGGCAUGGUGCUAUACGAGCUGCUGUCGGGGCAGCGCCCUGCUCUGGGCCACCACCAGCUGCAGAUCGCCAAGAAGUUGUCCAAGGGUAUCCGCCCGGUGCUGGGGCAGCCUGAGGAGGUGCAGUUCCACCGGCUGCAGGCACUCAUGAUGGAAUGCUGGGACACGAAGCCGGAGAAGCGGCCGCUGGCCUUGUCGGUGGUGAACCAGAUGAAGGACCCCACGUUUGCCACAUUCAUGUAUAUGCUGCCAUGCGGGAAGCAGUCGUCCUUCUUCUCCUCCCAGGGCCAGGAGUACACCGUGGUGUUCUGGGACGGGACCGAGGAGUCCAGGAACUACACGGUGGUGAACACAGAGAAGGGCCUCCUGGAGGUGCGGAGGAUGUGCUGUGCAGGCCUGAGACUAAGCUGCCAACUGAAGGUGCAGAACUCGCUGUGGACAGCCACUGAGGACCAGAAAAUUUACAUCUACAGCCUCAAGGGCAUGUGCCCCUUAAGCACACCCCAGCAGGCCCUGGACACCCCGGCUGUUGUCACCUGCUUCUUAGCAGUACCUGUGAUUAAAAAGAAUUCCUUCCUGGUGCUGGCGGGCCUGGCGGACGGGCUCGUGGCCGUGUUCUCCGUGGCACGGGGCGUGCCCAGCGACAGCUGCUCCUACUUGUGCUCACACACGGCCAACAGGUCCAGGUUCGGCAUCCCGGACGAAGACGUGCGGCAGAACCCCUACCCAGUGAAGGCCAUGGAGGUGGCCAACAGUGGCUCGGAGGUGUGGUAUAGCAAUGGGCCAGGCCUUCUGGUCAUCGACUGUGCUGCCCUGGACAUCCGCAGGCGCCUGGAGCCCUACACGGCUCCCUCGGCAGUCACGGCGGUCGUGUGCGGCUCCGAGUGCCGGGGCGAGGAGGUCGUCUGGUGCUUGGAUGACAAGACCAACUGCUUGGUGAUGUACCAUUCAGCCACCUACCAGCUGUGCGCCCGCUACUUCUGUGGGGACCCCAACCCUCUCAGGGAUAUGUUCCCCGUGCAGCCUUUGGGAGAGCUCCCAGACACCCCCAUCGCCGCCCCCAAAGAGCCCAGGAGGGACUGCAUGGCUGAUGUGAGCAUCAUGUACAGCAAGGAGUCGGGCACACAGAUCCUGACCCACCAGGACUCGCUGACCGACUACUGCUCCAUGUCUUCUUGCUCCUCGUCCCUGGCCCCCCAGGCCGCCAGGUCCCCCUGCAGCCUGCCCAGCUCCCCGGUCAGCUGUGCCAGCGUGCCUUUCUCCAGCCCCUGCGAAGAUGCUGACCAGCUGCACGAAGUCAGUGCCUCGCCCGACAGGGCUGAGCCCGAGCUGAGCCCCCUGGAUGGGGACGCUUUCAGUCAGCACCUGCAGGCCGUGAAGCUCCUGGCCGUGAAGGACCUCAUUUGGGUGCCCAGGCGGGGUGGAGAUGUUAUCAUCAUUGGCAUGGAGAAGGAUUCAGGUGCCCAGCGGGGCCGAGUCAUCGCAGUCUUAAAAGCUCGAGAGCUGACUCCACAUGGGGCACUGGUGGACGCAGCCGUGGUGGCCAAGGACACGGUGGUGUGUGGCUUUGUGAACGAACAAGCAGAGUGGUGUCUGGCCGUGUGGAGGGGCUGGGGCGCCCGGGAGUUUGACAUUUUCUACCAGUCCUAUGAGGGGCUGGGCCGGCUGGAGGCGUGCCCACGGAGGAGGAGGUGAUUCCAGUGCGUGACAGUCACACGGAGCUGGCUCAUGACCACUCGCCCUGGCACUGCAGCCUGCAGCACCCUGAGGACCAGGAGGGUGGUGGAGCCCCGCCCUGGACUCCGUGCUGCUGAGAAACAGCCAGGCACCAAUGAUUUGGGGGGGUUCCUGGUUUCCUAGGGUAAUGUGACCUGAACACCCAGGGGAGGGCUGUGGACGACAGUGAGAGACACCUCCCCCGCUUCCUCUGUCAGCUGCCAGGAGCAGCAGAGGGGACCCUGUCCCAGUAGCAAGCCUCCCUGACAUAAUGGACCUGCCCGGCUGCCUUCCUGGGUCUCUGAUGGAAUUACACCAGAAUCUCUGAGAUUGGGAGCAGUUCAGGGCAGGGUCGGGGAGGGUCCUGACCCCUACCUCUCCCCCACCCCAGGCUCUCAUCCCCUUUCACAAGCUCCUGAGUGCCCCCCGGGUCCAGUGUGGGCCUGCCAGGAUCAGAUAUCCCCUGGCAUGGAAGGUGUGUGUGUGUGAGAAGCCCCGGAGGACCAGCCGAGGCAGUGCCCGCUGGGUCCUGGAAUGAAUGGGUUCCUUUAAGCCUCGAGGCCCUGGGCAAGCCUCUGCAUUUUUCUCCCUGACAAAGGGAAGGAGAAUUUCCCAGGGGCUCGGAAGGGGCCCUGGGCUUCCAGCUUUGCAAAAUAAACUGGGCAGCCGCUGG